CCUAAGUGCUACUAUCUGUGCUGAGUUUUUCAAAGGUCAGAGCAGAUUGAACCUUUGUGGUUUCAUUUUCCCUGAUUUUGAUUUUUCUUAUGGGGAAUCUGUGUGGCUGCAUUCAAGGUGACUCAAAGAAGCCUUCCAAAAAGCGUGUGAAAAAGGAGCCCUACUCUACUACCAAGGUGACUUCAGGGAGCACAUUCAAUGAGAAUACAAGAAGAUAUGCUGUGCACACCAACCAGUGUCGGAGACCUCCUGGCUCCCGGGUAAAGAAGAAAAGGUACCCACAAGAAGAUGACUUCCAUCAUACAGUCUUCAGCAACCUUGAAAGAUUGGACAAGCUUCAGCCCACUCUUGAAGCCUCUGAGGAGUCUCUAGUUCACAAGGACAGAGGAGAUGGAGAGAGGCCAGUCAACGCGAGGGUGGUGCAGGUGGCCCCUCUGAGGCGUGAAUCUACUCCCCAUGAGGACGCCAUACACGACAUCACUAACGAGGAUGCCACACACGACAUCGUUAACGAGGACACUGUACACGACAUCACUAACGAGGCCGCCGACAAGGGCAUCGCCAACGAGGACGCCGCCCAGAGCAUCGCCAACGAG